AUGUGCGUCCUAAGGAAAAGUUGGACUUACUUCAGCCAAGUGCAAACCAGCAUGACACUUUGGACAAUGAACUCUACAAUUAUGUGUUUCUUUGAAGAGAAACCACCAAUGAGGAAUAUGGCUAUGCUGCUGCAUACCUUGACACUGGUGAUGUUGUUAGUGUUUACUUUAGCUCUGAUCAAGGAAGCAACUCUUUUGACUCCAUACAUUUUGGUUGGGGAGAAAAUUCUACGAGUACCCCAUAAAUAUCAUCUGUUCUCUCCUGUUUUCAAAGAUGACAAAAUUCAAUUCUUGGAGGAUGCUAGCCCUGCAAAGAAACUAAAGUCAAAUUCAGAAGGUAAUGUGAUUGGUGAUGAUAUCAAUGUGAACAAGCUUUCUGAAGAGUUCUCAGCAUUUGAGUCGCAGAUGAAGCUCCUGUUGGAUGUGGAAAUUUAA